AUGAGUAAUCAUCCAGCGCAAGCCAUUUUUGUUUUCCUUUCGCCGUACGUUAACAACAUCUUUUCCAAAUAUAACUGAAGAUGGCACAGCCUGGAGGACAACAACCACCAGUAGGAGGGGAUGGGCAGCCACCUAGGCCCGCCGUGCAGUCAAAGCGGUUACAACAAACACAAGCACAAGUAGACGAGGUAGUGGAUAUUAUGCGAGUAAAUGUUGAGAAGGUGAUAGAAAGGGACAACAAAUUAACAGAACUGGAUGAUAGAGCAGAUGCACUGCAGCAGGGAGCUUCACAGUUUGAGGCCAGUGCAGGGAAGCUGAAAAGGAAAUACUGGUGGAAAAAUUGCAAGAUGAUUGCCAUAAUGGUUGGGAUAGGCCUAGUGAUCGUAAUAAUUAUAGUUGAGCUUGCUAACAUGCAGAGUGAACUCAGCGAGCAUAUACGCGUUACUUACCCCUGCAGCUGUUGUUACCAACGAACUGUGUAGUAUUUUACAGUUAUGAGACGAAGGGGUUACUUGUCAAUGUUCUAUAUGCAAAGAAAAUUUUUGGGCUAGUGUAUGUAACUCAAAGGUUGGUUCCCUAUGUGUUUUGUUUUGCUGUUAUGAACAAAUGAACAACACAAGGUAAAAUACUACGCUAAUAAAACGGAGGUAGGGUGUCUUAGUUGUUGUUAAUGUUUAUGAACGCUAGUCUUGCUAGAUAUACGUGGAUAAUUAGAUGAGAAGAAUGUACAGGUAGCAUUGUUUGUUGUAAAUAUUUAAUGCAGACAGCAGUUCUGUAUUAUGUAAUGACAUAAAUUAAAAACAAUAUGUGUGUAUACAUACAUGCGUUUGUACUCACGUGCUUAUGCGCAGACACACGCGCGUCUACAUAUAUAUGUUACUAGUACACAUAUAAGUGUGUAUCGUGCAUGUGUAAAAUUGUUCACUAUUACCUGUGUCUAGAACCAAGUAAUUGACUCGGAUGUCGUUUGUGUUCCUCAGCUUUCGAUGUAUGCAGAACUUUAGCGAUCGGUGGAUUAAAUGUCUGUCAUUGUUUGUACUACCUGCUGCUAUCAGUGUUUGUUACAUUCUAUCUGUUUGCUUGUCACAUGUAUCCCUAACAGUGAGUGAAGCCCAUUCUGUACUCUCGCAUGUCAGUGUUCACACACACGAGAAGUGCAUCGAAACCUAUCUUCCCAUAGGAGUCAUCCUCAUUGCGAUUUACACCAGCCACAUCUUAUUUUUAAUCCAUACGUUUUGUUACCCGACUACGUUGCAGUUUUGACCAAUUUAUUUUUUCGUGCAUAGUUUGGGCGGUGACGAGCGCUAAAGGGGACGAUGAAACGCCGGCCAAAACGACAGUGGCACCUAAGUAACGCCACCAAUACAAUCACCGUUCUGUCACUACUUCAAGGGAUUCCAUAUUUGAGGUCGCCCUGAUCACACACAGAACAAGAGAGGGGCGUAAGCGUGUUCACUGUGUAUUUGUCUCGGUGUGCAAAGAAUCUAACUGCUGCCUUGAUAUUGCGGCUAAUCAAAAUUUUCCUAGCAAAGAUGUUUUCUGUGAGAUGUCGGGCUUCUUUAAUCUAUCUAAGUGUUUCGGUGGAUGAGGGGGGGGGGGCUUGCCGAGGUUGCUGGUCAAUGUCAUUAUUGUCACUCGUAAUUUCUCACUGAGCCAGUGGCACUCAUUGUUUAUGGUCAGUUGCAUGUUCAUUGUUCAGGCCUAAGUUGUGUUGUGUCGCACAUUUGCAUAGCAUCAAUCUGGCUAUUGCUUGGCCUCAGUGUAACAUUGAAGUUUGUCGUGCGUGUUAACUGCGGGUACUACUAGUAGUAUGCAGUCGCUGAUUACUUACUUGUGAGCAUACAUAUGAUUUCAGAUUGUAUCAGUCAAUUAGCACAGACAAUUCGUGGUUUUCCGUUAUACCGACACGUGAAAUGUGCAGAAUAUCUGUAUGUAUAUGUGUGCGUACGGGCGUGCGUGCGUGCCUGCGUGAGUGUGUAAAUUAAUAUAUAUAUGUAUACUCACGUAUACGGAUAUAUAGCAUGUGUGAUAUAUCGUGGAAAUGGCUACGUAAAUGGCUACGUAAAUGGCCAUAGAUUGAGUUUAUGGUCUUACAUUGAUUGCGAAACCGAAAAUUACGAGACGUUGAUUUUUCUUGCAGGUAGCAUUGUGUGACACCGCCUGGUGUUCUAUAUGUUGUGUCAUGCACUAUUUACAAUUGUUGAACGUGUAUGGUAAUUGUUAAAACCUAUAACUGUUGGGUAUUUCAUCAACACGUACUGUAACCAUGGGAAAUUGCUUAUGUGGAACAUGUCAUCAUUGGUUGCUGUAACUGUGGAUACCUGUGAUUAUUGAACAUUUCGUGCGUUAAAUUUAGUCGUGUCGUCAAUAGUAUAUUUAUUCAAGGUCGGCAAUGUCGCUGAAAUUUAGUAACAGGCAAUGGUAGAUGUGAGGGUGCAUGUGUGCUGUCUAUGUUAUAAAAUGUGAGUUGUUUACGAAAAAAAAAACUGGUCGCAUGACGUUCUACGCCGACAUAUAGUCAAAUAUCGUCGGUAUAUAGUAGACUAUGGCGCUGCCAGGGUCUGCAGAACUGAUUCUAUCACAAUCUAGUGACGCCAUGUUGCAAUUUGUUAGUAAUGCUUUCUGUUUAAUCUCGCGCAGGUGUCACACUUAGAAGUUUUUAUUCGCUCUUCCGUCAGUAAAAUAAAACGUGUUCGUUUUGAAUUCCCUUCCAUCUUUUCGAUUCACCUCUCGUUAUCCACAAUGUCCCCAAAGCCGCAUCUUUUACAUGCUGCAAACCAGUAAAUGUCGGUGCGAUGCUGGAAAAUUUAAUUCAACAGUUAAUUCAAAAUUUCGUUUUGUUUCGACGGGUUCGUUGCGUAAAACAGGCGUACUAACGACUGGUGUUGAUUGUGUGAAACGCGCACCGUCAUGUUUGCCUCGCUUGGCAGAAAGAGUGAAUGAAUCGUUGGUCUUCUGACGAUGUGUUUAUGAUAGUAAUUUCUGUCGCAGUUAAUAAACUUACUAGUGAAGGAUGUACGGUAUAGAAUGACUACAUUCUAUAAGCAGUCAUAUGAAGUUAAUUUCGGCAGUAAUCUCCAUAUAUAUGUAAAGUCCUUGCGUGGGAAAACAAUGACCUUAUUAAUGAUUAAAUGAUUAAUUAAUGAGUUUGUGGUACGCUGAUUGAAUGUAAUGAGAAAUAUCAAGAGCGUAUUAAGAAAUUCUUAAUAUGCUCUUGGAAAUAUUGAGAUUUCGUUAUCACGUGUUACAGAUUGAAAGGCAUUGCAUAUACAUGACGCUGUCUUGUACAUCCCCUGUUUUGUUUAUCCAGAAUGAUUAUUAACAACUGAUAAGUAUAAUAUUUCAUAUAAAUAAAUAAAUAAAUAAAUAAAUGACA